AUGGCUCCUAAACUUCCGCGCAAAUCCAGAGCCGCGCAGAUCGCUGCGAUGAGGGAACGAAGACUUUUGCGCACUCUGAUCACCGACACUAUUACCGAGAUUGAAACGUACAUCAAGGACCAGCAACAAAAGAGUCUAAGAUUCAAGGUGAACUCGAUAGGAUUGCGAGUCGAGCGCUCAAUAGCUUCCACGCCAUCAUCGACUCCCAUACGACUUAUUCAACCUGGGGCAGAGGAUACAUUCCUAGGUGUACAAAGCCAGUCUUUGAAGUCUACACUGCUCGCGGAGCAAAGACCACACCCACAGACCAAUCAAGAAGAGUGGUUCACGUUGCAAGAAUGGUUGACUCGACGCUAUGGGAUUGCCUCUCAUCUGGAAGAUGAACCUGACGAUUCAAAGCAAGAGUCUCUAAAGCAGGCAGUGGCAGCGUACAUCUGUCACCGGCACCGCACACACUUCGAAUUCUGGAGAAAGACGGCUGACGUCGACAAAUGUUUGAACCUGUUAGAGCAGGACAUAUCUUCGUACUGCAAAUUUGACCUUACAGACCACCAUCUGGAGGGCCCUUCCAGGAAAAACGCUGGCCGCCACGAGUCAGAGUCCGCAGACGAUCCAAGACGUACUCACGACUUCGCUCUCGAAAUCGGUGUGCACCCCGGAAGCUUACCAUUCCUCACUUGGAUGGCCGAAGAUCUCGAGACGCUUGAACCGAUUCCUCUUACAAUGGCCGACUGGUGGAAGUCCAACGGCCGAGCUUUCCAGUUCCUUGACCUUCCCGAAGAACUCCGAGACCUCGUAUACGACCAAGUCAUCGGCCCCUACAUAUGUCUAUCACUCAGCAAGGGUGACUCCGAAGGAAACCAGCAUGUCAGAUUGUCCCGCCCCAAGCGCCGCUGCGUAGACAUACAUCGAUUUGGGAAAGUGAGUGUUGGCGAAAGCGAAUACCAGAUUCAGCCGAACAUGCUUGCUCUCACAUGUCAGCAAAUGUGCUACGAAGUCAAAAAGGCCACAUGGGAGCGAACGACAGCAUUGCUCAACGGCUAUCAUCACCCUUCCAUAUGUCCCACUUGGCCACAUAUCUUCAUCCCCUACCAUGCUAUGCGUCGUAUCGAGCUCAACCUUUCCACGUCGGAUUACUUCCGCUUCCUCGGCCUAAAAUCUGAACUCCAUCGAGGUUUCGUCGAGCUGGACAACGACAAUACGCCUGGAAUAGCACAACUGCGCGAGAUACCAACGUUGUUCCACCUGCAUCUCCACUUCACCACCCGUCCGCCCAAACGAAUUGGUCCUGGCAGAAUUUGGGCUUCAUUGGACCCUUGGGUUCACAUCGCAGGGGCUAGGGGUACGAAAGUAGUCUCGUGUCAGAAAGUCUUCGUUCACUGGUUCUUCACACUGGCCUGGGCGGACAUCAGACAUAUACCCCGAGUCACCUUUUCUGGCCAUGUCAAGAGGCGGAUACGAAUGAUGUGGGAAUGGAACUUUGCUCUUACCACUCAAGACAAACUCAGAGAUUCCAAGGCCGAAUCGAUCGCACGGAUACAGGCUACGCCGUGGCAAAGACUGCCACCGAUAUGCAAGUGCGAGAUACCUUGCGAUUGGUGGAACGCUCGCGGACCGUAUCUUGAGGGUCAAGAUCCGAAUUUCCAGCCUCCUGCUAAGGAUAUUUAUCAUCCUGACUUUGAUCCUGAGGAAUUUGAUCGGUUCGAUUGCAUGGAUUGGGAUCAUCCGCGACAAUGGUCUCGGCUAUCACGCAUAUAG